AUGGCCCCAACGUUCCGCGACGACAUUCGCAACGUCGGGGGGCGCGAUCGCAUCUAUGACGAGAAGGUCAACCACCAGCUCAAGCUCAUGAGCAUCAACCCCGCGGCGGGCAGCACGACGACGCGACCACCGCUCUCACCCCUCGCGCGUCUCCGGACCCAACGCCGCCCCUUGCCGCCGCGCAAUACGACACCGACCGCCUUCGCAAAACGACUGAGUCGGAAUCGCAAGUCCCAAGAACGCCACGAGACGCGGGAACACCUUCAGAACAUCCACUUUAUGAUGAAGAAGAUCUUACGCUACGACGCAAAGAAGCCCGUGGUUGCAGCGAGCCCGCGGCCCCCCAAGGCGCCCGACGAACUCGCCCUCGUGUGGCGCAAUGGCUUUAGUCUGCCCGACUCGGUGGCCCCCGCCGUCGUCAUGGAGGCCCAGCGCCGUCUCCAUGUUACCAAGCAAGUGCACAUUGAGCCAACACACGUCAAUGUCGGCGUCAUCGCCCAGUCCCCGCGCCCCCAGUCGAGCCCUGGUAUGCGGUCGUCGAGCCACCUCCACCUCCUCGUCCCUGCGCUGCAAGCCUACAUGACCCGCCAUCAACUGCAUGUGCUGGGGCUCUUCGGAACGGAGAAUGCCAGCGGCGACGGUGCUGUGAGCGCGUACAACCUGCGACAAGUACUCUUCGGCUUGGGGCUUGGCUGGUCCCAAACCGAUGUCCGAGAGCGAUCGUCUCGUUGCGUCCAUCGAUCUCACGCGCAUCUUGUAGAUCACCGUGCUCAUCCGCGCCUUGGAUCCUGCCGAGGAAGGUCGUAUUUUACCAGCGACGAUGGAGGCGCUUUUGCGUCGCUUUCGUCGACCGAUCCCAGAGGCGACGCCGCCCAGCACGCAUCGCCAGCAGGGUAG